AUGAGACUCUCAACAUUUCUCGUGUUCCCAGCACUCUUUUGGGCCUCAAAUGGCCAAAAUAUUAAUCAACUAUUUCAUACGGUCCCAAUCCCAGGAGCAGGAAGUUGCAGUGGUGCUCAGAGCCUAGCUUUGAAUAGCUGGCUUACCGAUACUUUGACUCUUGUCAAUGCGGCCAUGGAUGAUUUAAAAACUUUCGACAUGGGCAAUGUCGACGCCACUCCACGUCUUACACGAAACCUCAUAGCUUGGUUCAAAGUCCGUGUUACGAAGGGUAGAAGAGUGAAUGAAGGAGACACUGGGAAAAUCACUACCAUCUCCAACACAUUCGCUGCUCUUGCCGACUUCCUUGCUGAGCAAAACCCAAACCUUGUUGGAGAAAGUAUGCCAUGGCUUUUCUGCGGUGGCGGUUGGCAAGUAGAGACCGACCUGUUAUAUGAAGAGGACACCGGUAACCCCAUACUAGAUGACAGCGUCAACCCACCCGUCCAGGCAAACAUGCGAACAUUCCCCAUCCCCCCAGGCGCCGAUGACUCAAUAACGAGCCUACUUUCAAAGAUGCAGCAAGGAUGGCCUGCCAACCCUGCAUACUAUGCCUACUGGUCAUCCGACAUCCGCGACUAUAUGAUCGUCCCAGCAGCGAAGAGGUACAAUGGAAACCCUCGGGACUUCUGCACCCCUCCCACAGGAGAAAUCUUCUUCGCGUUCACUAUUGAUGACAUGCUAACGGAUAGCGUCACUAUCUGCCCUGAUUCCUUCAAUACUCUUUCCGAGCCGUUCGAGACGAUUCAACAGUCUAUGGCAGCCCCUGCCGCCGCGAACGUUGGUACUUACCUUAACGACGUGUCGCCGAGAGGAUUGACGCUUUUGCAUGAGUUUAUUCACUUGACGCUUGGGACGGAUAAGAAGAAAACUGGUGACAGUGGAACUAAACCAACAGAGUGCCUGACACUGGCUGGAGCUAAGGCCGUGAUAAACCCCGACUCCUACGCGUUCUUUGCUUGGUCGUUAUUCUUAGAGGCGCAUGGGCCUAAUAAUCUGCAGUGGCACACUGGGCGGAGUCAAGAUUAA